AUUUGACCCAUAUGUGAAGGUUAUUUGCGAAACGUUGCCUCUGAAUACUCACAUCCAAACUAAACAUGGCUUAUGAUUAGGUACGCUAUGUCAGAAUUGCGAAGGAGGAAGGCAGGUUCCGGAAAAGACAAGAAUCGGCCUUCGGGAUCUCAUGCGAACGAGCGUGCGAGGGACGGCCAGCAGAAAUGUGAAAGGAAACUGGAUCAAGUUUCUUGGUUCACUUACGCUAAUUUUAUCAUUGGAGCGACUGUUGCCUUGAUUGUUGGAGUCAAAUAUGCUUUGUAUGUUCGGGAACUUCAUGAGAAUGAUAUGUGGUUCUCCAACAUCGGCCAACUAGAGAGGGAAAUCUCCUUUAGGACAGAGUCUGGAUUAUAUUUUUCAUAUUACAAGCAAAUAGUUUUAGCACCAUCGUUAUUUCAAGGUAUUCAUGAUGUUAUACAUGACAAUAGGACAGAGCAUCUGAGGACAAUUAAUAUACUAGAGAGAUUUAAUAUUUAUCAAGAAGUUAUAUUAGCAGCUCUGUACAGAAUUUUACCAAUACAGGGAUCUGUGGAAUAUGUGUACUUUUAUAUUGAUACUAUCUUUGGCUUACAUGGGAUGUACAUGGUGUCAUUGUUUGUAUCAUCGUGGGUUUUGAGUGGCUCUUGGCUCGCUGGUCUGCUGUCUGCAAGUUUCUAUAUUUUUAACAAGGAGGAAACCACACGACUCUGGUUUACAAUUCCACUGCGUGAAAGUUUUGGAUUUCCGUUCAUUUUUGCACAGCUUGCUUUUAUCACUGUAUACUUUAGGAGGAACAUGUCUUCACUUGCCCAGGUAGUGUGUUUGGUUGGCAUAGCAAUUUCGACAUUUUUCUUUGCAUUAGUGUGGCAGUUUGCACAGUUUAUUCUUCUUUUGGAGUCCAUGGCAUUCUUUGGUACCUAUUCACUUGGCUUCAUCCCCAAACAUAAGGCUCGUACUAUGUACCUGAUGGUGAUUGGUUCUCUGCUUGGAGUGUGCAUAUUGCAGUUUGUUAAUGACAUGAUUCUUUGUUCUCUUGCGCUGAGCUUUGCUAUUGCUUCUGUCAUCAUCAUGACUUUCCAUAAUGAAUACAGUUCAAAUGAUAAUUUCUUCUACAAAGUGUUCAAGCUUAUCAUCAACAUCAUCGCUACCUUACUGUUAGCUGGAGCCAUAAGCUUUGUUUCCAAGGUUAUAUUCAGAAUAGAGUCUGAUGAGCACAUCUUUAAGUUCCUAAAGUCAAAGUUUGGUUACGGUAUUGGAAGGGAUUUUGAUUCGCUGUUGUAUCUUUGUGAAAAAGCAUUUCAGUUCUGUCCUUUGGCUGUGUACUCAAGACUUACCUCCGGUGUUGUUUUCCCUUGUUAUGUCUUAUCUUUGGUAGCUGUACUGUUUCUGAUGGCGUAUACUGUACUCGUGAAUUGGAGGUCUAAAACCGACGAUACUGCAGAAGAAACCAACUGUCUUUACCUCAACUCUCAUCCUGAGAUAGUAUAUCAAGCCAUUCAGAGCGUUUUCUUUGGUGCACUAGCUAUCACUACUGUUCGCUUUAAGUAUCUCUGGGUACCGCAUAUGUGUCUAUUUGCCGCCGGAAUAUUUUGCAACCAAGCCUUCUGGAAAGCGGCUCUUAACAAAAUAGGAAUCAAGCAAAUAUACGGAAAGGUCACUGGUCAUGGUGUUCCUGUGAUGCUUCUUGCCCUUUUGCUAUACAAUCGUCUCCCCAAGGCUCUGAAAGAACUCGAAGAACUGAGAGAAUUCUACGACCCGGACACUGUAGAUUUAAUGAAAUGGAUAAAUGAGAACACUCCUCCAGAUGCUUCGUUCACGGGAAGUAUGCAGUUACUGGCCGGAGUAAAGCUCUGUACGGACCGACACAUUACAAACCAUCCACACUACGAGAAUAAGUUCCUUAGAGAAAGAACUAAGCAGGUCUAUCAAAUUUACGCACGAAGACCGCCCGACGAGGUCUACAAAAUUCUUCGGCAACACGGCACAGACUACAUCAUAUUAGAAAACAGUAUCUGUCUCUCACAGCAAGAUCGAGGUUGCAGGCUUGUCGACCUACUCGACUUGGAUAAUGGUCACAUGAUCGAAGGCGGCCAAUCAGAGGAAGGAUUGCAGCUUACAAAUGUUCCCCGUUUCUGUAAAGCUAUUAAAACAGAUGUCAGGAAUUUUAGUGCGUAUUUUAAGAAAGUUUUUGAAAAUCGUACUUUUUACCUGUACAAACUUUUAUGAAUAUGAACGUCUUUUCGUCGGGUGCAAGUAAAACCUCGUUAACUCGUUACAAUAUGACAGUGAAGGGUUUUUUAUUUGAGACAAGACAAUGGGUACAAAUGUUAUGGAUGGUUUAAAUUGGCUAGGUAAUGAUUAAAUAAAAUCUUAAAAAAAAGGGUCAUUAA